CCUGUGGUGUAAGAGGAUGUUGUGUGUCUGUGUGUCCAGGCUUCAUGAGCGAACUCACUCCGUGUGGCCUCAGCUGUGGAAGGACAGACGUCAGUUCUCCAACCCUCUGUACCAGGCCGAGCUGAGUCAGAGUCAGGGCGUCCUGAGACCCAACACCUCCCCCUACUGCUUCAAGAUGUGGAAGGGUCUCUACGACCACGGCGACAAGGCCACGCCCCCUCGCCAGUCACCUGCCGACUUCCUGUCCGCCGUGAGGGAGGAGUCUCUGCAGCUGGAGGAGGAGCUGACCAAUCACCAGGAGAGGAUAGCAGCUCUGACGGGUCGGCCAGUCACGUGGCCGAAGGUGGAGGUUCCGAGGAGGAGGAGGAGGAGGACUAGCCGGACCGGGACCAGCGGGCCGGACCCCCAACCAAUCACCAGCCCCGUACAGGUCCCCGACGACCCCUCCACCUGCAGCGACCUGGAGUCGGGCGUGGCCGACCUCAGCAGCCACUCGUCCAGCGGCGGCGACCCGGACCUGGAAUGAGGACGGUCUUUAUCCAGACGGCUGGAGGGAGGGAGGAGGGAGGAGGGAGGAGGAGGGGGGAGGACGGGUCCUGUCCUCCACUGAAAAGGGAGGUUUUAAUUUCACUUUUAGUUUAAUGGCUGCUGUUAAAUAAACUCAGAGAGCAGAACAAACUCUGGAGCUCGUCUCCGUAUUUCUCUGGUUAGUGGUUGUGUUAGUUGACGCAGGGUUUGUCCUCGGAGUCUUAAAUCUGAGGACACAAAUAUUCACAAGUCUUUUAUAAUUUAUUUUUUUUGUCGUUGUUGUUGUCGUGUUUUGUGCAAUGUUUGAUUUUCUCCAGGAGACGUUUCCUCUUAAAGGAGACGAGGAUUUUAACCGGCUGUGUGUCCGAGCUCAUCGUGUUGUUUAAUGAAAUAAAUCCACACAUGAAACAAAUUAAAGAACAAGCGGAGACACAAAGAUAACUGGACUUUCUAGGAAACAUUUCCUCAGAAAUCAGAUCAGGAUCAGACUCAGACGGUGAAUUAUCAGGCACAUCCUGAUAAAAAACAAAUCAUUUAGAGCUGAAACAUCUUGUAGAAACACAAUGAGUCCACGUGUCUCGUUCUUUAAUCUGUUGUCCAGGACAUGGACGACUGUGGACCUUCCCGACCAUUUAAAGGACGUCUCCUUUUUACCUGUAGCCCGUGGUGUGCGUGUCCCGUAUGUGUUGAUGUAAACGAUCAAUCAAUAAAACGCUCUGUUAAAGGGAAA